AUGAGCAACAACAAUUGCUUGUCCAACAAGAAGAAAACGCUCAACCAUGUAAAAAUGGUUUCCAGCCUUGAACGCCAGCGUGAUGAUGUGUUCACCCCACCCAGUUUGGAGGAACGUCUGCGUCAAGCGGCCGGCCAAACAUUGGCAACGUGGGUCAUUGGCCAUGGGCCUAAUACUUCUGAGGAGGUGGUGAGCUGCCAGGCUCUUCGUGAUAGGUACCUGGAGCCGCACCUGACAACUCAAAGUCAGUACAAGGCAGGCCUUGACAUGCAAGCACGUGGUACACCAGUUCCACCGAUCAAUAGUAUACCCAUUCACUUGUUCGCAGGAGAAACAGUGAGCGAAGAAGACGAUUCCUUCGCUCAUUGGGUGCACUAUGUGCGUCGCCUCAGCAACAUGUUUGCUCUAAAAGCUAGUGCCCAUGCGGCGGAUGUGCGUCUCAAAAUCAAGCUUCGGUAUGAUUACGCCAAGCAUAAGGCCAGAGGCCAAUUGCGCAAGUGCACGCGCUAUGCUUCGGCUACUAAGGUAGCCGCGAGUGCUGUUCAGUCUGUGGCCAACAACCCGCCAACCCGCACCACUAGUGGUGAGGAACGGCCUCGGUCUCGAGAUGACCAUGGCCACGAUGCUCAGAAGCAUCCAAAGCAUAAGGGCAGUCUUGCCGAAGGGGUAUCUCAAACUCCCAUGAGUUUUCAGACUCAGGGUACUCUCGCCACUUUACCAGGUACUGGUAUUGGCCCUGACGACGUCGUCGUUUCAUUAGUCUCUCGACAUGAAAUUGACGACACCCGUGCUGAUCGAGCAAAGUCGGUGGCGGCCGAUGUACCGGUGGAGGCCCACGAGAAAUUGGUUCUCGAAGUAAAGGGUCUUCAAAAUACCUUGGGAAAGACCCAGUGCAUUCUGGAUGCGAUGCAAAACCGCCUUCAGGCGAUGGAGCAAGCUCAAAAUCGGAGCGAGGAUCAGAUGGACUUGCUGAUUCGUCUACAGCAAUCCGGGGCAGUGCCCUUGUUGUCGGCGCAAGCGCCUCCAAGUUCACAUGGGAAGGAUCCCGGUACGGCUUAA